UGAAUGACUGUGACUGGUUAGCGAAUGAUAAGCGGUGCAUUUGACAAACAGGGUUGCUUGCCCUCGCACACUUGCACCUACAGUGUACACACUCGCUGCCCUCUUCCCUCUUCACCCUCAGCACCACAUCCGUACGCCCGCACGCAAAGGCUCAGCAGCAGCAGCAGCAGCAGCAGCAGCAGCGGCGCCUCAUCCUGCCCCAUCUCCUCACAACACCCCCAUUCACCUUCAAUCGCAACAUCUGCCAACCCAAUCCACGCCGCGCUCGAAGCAAGCAGGAAACAGCACAGCACAGCACACCUCUCCUUGAACGCGGCGCGGUGGGGGACAAUAUGGGUCAAGCGGACUACCCGCAGAUCUGCCCUGGAGGCGGUCUGAUCAUCUCGUGGCAGUUGAAGAGGAAGCGCGUAUUGCUCGUAGGUGGCGGUCCCGUAGCAGCCGGUCGAUUGGUGAAUGUGAAGGAUGCGGACGCCAUCGUCACCGUCAUUUGUCCUUCUUCCGGUCUGUGCGGGGAGAUGAAGUAUCGCAUCCACGUGGAGAAAUCCGUAGACGAGUAUCAAGAUCGCGUAUUUGGCGGAAAAGAUGAUCUGAUGGGCGGCUACGAUAUGGUGCUGACGGCCAUCGACGAUGCCGCUUUAUCUCGAGAAAUUUGUCAAAUGGCCAGAGCGCUGCGCAUCCCCGUCAAUGUGGCGGAUGUACCGCCAGAGUGCGACUUUUACUUUGGAAGCUUGAUACGAAGAGGCCCAUUGCAAGUGAUGGUGAGCACGGGAGGCAAGGGUCCUCGCAUAGCCGCCCAAACCCGUCGCAUCAUUCAACGCGCCAUUCCAGAAAACUUGGGCCAAGCCAUCGAGAAUGUGGGCAGGUUGAGAGCCAUGCUGAGGAGCGAGGCGCCGCAAGCCGCUGCCGGUCCCAAACGCAUGAGCUGGAUGAUCGACGUUUGCGAAAAGUGGUCCUUUGACGAAUUGGCAACGCUGGAGGAAGAGGAGAUGCGCAUCAUCCUUCGAGGUUGGAAGGAUGGAAGCGUGCCGAGCGCCAGGCAGGUCAGAGGCAUCAGGAGGACGUUGCCGGAUAGCAAGAGCAUCCGCAAGGCAAUCGCUGGCAGGUGCCCCGUCGCCGGUUACAUUUCACCUUGGCUUGCAGGCUUUGCGGGCAUCCUGCUCGGAUCCGCAAUCACCUCUACCCUCUUCAUCGUACGAUCAUCCAAGCGAGCAUGAGGCGUGAGGCGCGAGGCGCGAGGCGCGAGGCGCGAGGCGCGAAUUCGAGCGGGCGAGCGGACCGGCGCCCAUGCGGCAUCCACUCCUACCUCUUCCGCCCUCCCUGCAACACCAUGUAUCAGUAGGCCCAAUCUCACAGACGCGUCCCGCACUGCAAUACAUCAUCCCGUCACUCUAUUCGCACUCCGACCCGUCUACGAACGGACCGACGAAAAAGUCAAAAUGAUUCUCCUCUGCAUGUACGAAC